AUGGCGCAUUCGCGUCUCGUUUGUGCACGACUCCUCUGCUCGCGUCUUCUCUUGGCUGCCCUCCUCUUGUCGUCCUUCGCUGUCCUCGUUUCUGCCACUAACGAUACAGACAGGCUUGGAUUGCUUGCGUUCAAGGCUGAAAUUGCUAGUGACCCUUUUGGGUCGCUUAACUCGUGGAACGACAGCACCGACUUCUGCCGAUGGUAUGGGGUUACGUGCAGCCGUCGGCACCACAGAGUUACGGUACUAGACCUCAAUUCCCAAGGACUCUCGGGACCUAUCUCCUCUAACAUUGGGAACCUUAGCUUCUUGAGAGAACUGUGGCUCCAAAACAAUAGCUUCGGCCCUGAAAUCCCUUCACAAAUUGGUCGGCUGCGUCGACUCCAACUGUUGGAUUUAUCCAAUAAUUCACUGACGGGCGAGAUUCCCAGGAAUAUAUCAGGUUGCUCGAUCCUUGUAAUUCUCACCCUCCAAUUCAACCAGUUGGUUGGAGGAAUUCCAGUUGAGCUAGGCUCAUUGUCAACUCUUCAGUGGGUCAGCUUUUCUGCGAACCAAUUAACUGGCGGCAUCCCUUCAUCCAUAGGGAACUUAACUUCUCUCCGGGGGAUUUAUUGGGCCGACAAUGGCCUGAACGGGGUCAUUCCCGAGUCUCUAGGUCGACUAACCAAGCUGCAUACGCUCACCUUGGGAGUGAACGAGCUUUCAGGUACCAUUCCUCCUUCGGUCUUCAACUUGUCUUCGCUGACUACAAUGGAUGUACAAGGGAACCAGAUCCGCGGCAAUCUUCCUGAAGAUAUAGGAUUCACUCUCCCGAACCUUCAAUUUUUGAGCAUUUCUUCUAACCAGUUCGCCGGAUCAAUUCCUCCGUCGAUAUCCAAUUCCACGAAUCUGGGAGUGCUCCAACUUGGAGACAAUGAGCUCUCCGGGAAGGUCCCUUCGUUGGCGAAUCUCCGUGACCUUGAGCUGGUUACCUUAUUCUACAAUUAUCUCGGGAGUGAAGGGUCCGAUGCAGAUGAUCUGAGCUUCCUUUGCUCACUAACAAAUGCCGCUAACUUAACGAGAUUGUUGGCGCAUCACAAUAGAUUGGGUGGGACGCUUCCUGGAUGCAUCGGUAAUUUUUCUGCCACUUUUGAACUCCUGACACUCUUUCAGAAUCUCAUAUCCGGUGAGAUCCCGAGAGAGAUUGGUAAUCUUGUGAACUUGCAGGUUUUACAAAUGCAAGACAAUCUUCUUUCGGGUCCGAUCCCCUCGGAUCUAGGAAACACUUCGAAUCUUGUAAUAUUGAUCUUGUCAGGCAACAAUCUAUCCGGCGUAAUCCCAUCCCCUUUGCAAAAUCUCCAGAGUUUGCUUUAUUUAUAUCUUUACAACAAUAACUUUGAAGGGCCGAUUCCAUCAAACCUAAGUGAGCAUCAGAGCUUGACAUACCUAGGUCUUUCAAAUAACAAUCUUAGUGGUCCUGUUAUAUUUCCCGUGGCUGGGAACCUCAUCUAUUUGAAUCUGUCUCGAAACCAUCUGAGUGGAGCCCUUCCAACGGAAAUUGGAAACUUGAAACAUUUGGACCAAUUGGAUGUCUCGGGAAAUAUUCUAGGCGGUGAAAUCCCGAGCAGUCUAGGCAAUUGUGAUGGACUCAGAGUACUAAGAUUGCAAGAUAACCUCUUCCAUGGGUCCAUUCCUCAAUCGAUUAGCUCAUUAAGAAGCAUUGAGGAAUUAGAUCUUUCCAACAACAGCUUCUACGGUGAAAUUCCAAACUUCUUAGGGGCAUUUCAGUAUUUGAAAAUGCUGAAUUUAUCUUAUAAUCAUUUGGAAGGCCCGGUACCAACACAAGGAGUUUUUAGGAAUGUGAGUGCAACUUUUGUCGCUGGAAAUGAAAAGCUCUGCGGAGGAAUGCCUGAACUUGAGCUCCCAGAGUGCGUCUCUUGGAAAUCCAAAAGUAGAGGAAGGGUCCAUAAGUUGAAACUUAGCAUUGCCGUUGUUUUUGGUCUUCUGGGAAUAACUCUCGUUGUUAUUUUCCUAUAUCUAUAUUGGUUGAAGCGGAAAAGAAACGAGCCGAAUUUAAGCUCCUCUAAUGAUUCAUUCUUGAAUCUGUCUUAUGGAACUCUCCUAAAGGCGACCGAUGGCUUUUCUUCGACUAAUCUGAUUGGGGCCGGAAGUUUUGGGUCCGUCUACAAGGGGCUGCUCCAGGAGAAUGGAACUGUCAUUGCGGUGAAGGUGCUUAAUUUAUCGCAGCAUGGCGCUCUCAAGAGCUUCAAAGCCGAGUGCGAGGCUUUGAAGCGUGUAAGACACCGAAAUCUUCCGAAAGUCUUGACAGCGUGCUCAGGCACCGAUUAUAAGGGUGAUGAGUUCAAGGCUUUAGUUUAUGAGUUCAUGGUCAAUGGCAGCCUAGAAGAGUGGUUGCAUCCUAACCCGGCUCCAAAUGAUGCAGAUGGGCAUUCGAAGAAAUUGAGUCUCAUCCAAAGGAUAGACAUUGCCAUUGAUGUUGCUUCCGCAUUGGAUUAUCUCCAUAAUCAAUGCGAGAGCCCAAUAAUUCAUUGUGAUCUAAAGCCAAGCAAUGUUCUUGUAGAUGGUAACAUGGUUGGACAUGUUGGUGACUUUGGGUUGGCGAAGAUUGUCCUCGAAUCCACAUCCGACACUAAAGCAAACAUGAGUUCCGAUGGUUUAAGAGGAACAGUUGGUUAUGCAGCUCCAGAAUAUGCUAAUGGAAGCCAGAUCUCAAGGGAAGGUGAUGUCUAUAGUUACGGCGUCCUCUUGUUAGAGAUGUUCACAAGAUUGAGUCCCACUAGCGACAUGUUCAGAAAUAAUUUGAAUCUUCAUAAUUAUGUUGCUGAGGCUGUACCUCAACGAGUUAUGGAGAUUACGGAUCCCGUGCUGCUUUGCGAAGGAGAGAGUCACAAUAGUUCCCAAAAUUCGCUUCAAGAAAGAAACCUCAUAGUUCAGGAAUGUUUGGAAACAAUACAUCGAGUUGGACUCGCUUGCUCUAUGGAGGAGCCAAGAGAACGCAUGAGCAUUGACAAAGUUGCAACCCACCUGCACUCGAUCAGGAGGAAACUUUUUGCAUCUGCUUUACUUGGAUAGACGAGACACGAAUAGGUG